AUGUCCUCUCUUCACUUCCUCGCCAUUUUGUCUCCCAAACCAGACAGGGUGGCGCGGGUAGAAGAGAUAGCAGAAUCUGUCUCCAACUAUGUCAAAGAAAAUGAGCCCGGGGUGCUGCAGUACCAAUGGUUCCGAACUGGGACUGAGGAGAAGCCCAAGAUAGUUGUGUGGGAACAAUAUGCCGAUCAAGCUGCGGUCGAUAUUCACAAAUCGAGUUCGAAGCUGGCGUGGUUGAUUGCGACUGAAGGGAAGGAGAGCAAUAUGCAGGAGCCGAUUGAGGUUCUGCCACUCGAGCCAUUUGCUGGGUGGGCACCUCAAAGCUAGGGUACCAAUAUUGAUAAUUGCCUAACUUAUCUGUUGCGCAGAAAGCGAACCAAUCCGAUGUCGCCGUCAUGCCAAGACCUUCCGUUCAGAGCAACCCUCCUCAAAGGUGCCAUCUUGAAUCGCAACAAAUAAAAGUGAAAGUGACAGUUGGCUCC